AUGUCGGCCCCCUCUGCCAUGAUCCAGAAGCCCGCUCCCGCCUUCCAGGGCACCCUCGUCCAGAACGGCGAGUUCAAGGAGGUCAAGCUCUCCGACUACGAGGGCAAGUGGGUCGUUCUCUUCUCGUACCCCAUGGACUACAUCGUCUGCCCCACGGAGAUCCUCGCCUUCAACAACGCCCUCGAGCAGUUCAAGGCCAUCAACACCGAGGUCAUUGCCUUCUCGACCGACUCCGAGUUCACCCACCUCGCCUGGUCGCAGACCCCCCGCAAGGAGGGCGGCCUUGGCCCCAACCUCAACCUCGGCCUCCUCUCUGACCGCAACCACUCGGUCUCGAAGGCCUACGGUGUUCUCCUCGAGGAGGAGGGCAUCACUCUCCGUGGCACCUUCUUCAUCGACCCCAAGGGCACCCUCCGUGCCAUGCACGUCCACGACCUCCCCGUCGGCCGCUCCGUCGAGGAGACCAUCCGUGUCGUCAAGGCCUUCCAGUUCACCGACGAGCACGGUGAGGUCUGCCCGGCCAACUGGGAGGAGGGUGCCGACACCAUCGACACCGCCGACGCCAAGAAGUACUUCUCCAAGCACGGCGAGGACGCCUCGGCUUCCAACAAGAGGGAGGCCCCCGGUUCGGCCGAGAAGCCCGCGAAGCGCGCCAGGGCUUGA